AUGCUCAAGGCCCUGAAGAACCUGGCCCAGGGCCGGGACAGCGGUGCUUUGACAGGAAAGACUGUCACCGUGGGCCACAGGGUAGUCAAGCUCGAGAAGCUCUUGGGGGAGGGGGGCUUCGCCACCAUCUAUCGCUGCUCGGACGUGGACACCGGCGAGGUCUUUGCCCUCAAGCACUUCGUCCUCACGGGAUACCCUGAGGCCGCCCGCGAUGUGGAUACGGAGGUGGCAGUGAUGGAGCAGCUGGCCGGCUGUCCCUACAUCGUGCGGUUGCACGAUGCGGCGGUGGCCGGGCCACCCACUGCCCCCACUGCCGCCUUUGUGCUCAUGGACUUCUGCCCAGACACGCUGGUGGCCUUCUUGCAGCAGCGUGCCUACCAAGUCGAGGAUGCCACGCUCCUACGCAUAGCGAUGCCAAUCUGCCGUGCCGUGGAAGCGAUGCAUGGCCUGCAGCAGCCGCUGGCACACCGGGACCUGAAGGCGGAGAAUGUGCUGCUGGGACCUAACGGCAACUGGGUGCUUUGCGAUUUUGGCAGCGCCAGCGCGCGGCAUGGUGUGCUGGAGUCGGCUCGUGACAUUGCAUUGGAGGAGGAGGUAGUUCGGCGUUACACCACGCCUGCCUACCGCGCCCCAGAGCUGUAUGACCUGUUUGCACGCGAAUAUAUUGGACCCCCCGUUGACAUCUGGGCGCUGGGCGUGCUACUCUACUUGCUGUCCUACGGCAAGCUGCCGUUCGAGGGGGAGGCGAAGCUACAGGUUCUGAAUGGAAAAAUCACUGUGCCCGAGGGGCGCCCUCCACUGUUGCGUGCACUGAUCAAGGACAUGCUCAAUGUCAGUCCCAAGGAGCGGCCCACCAUCCAGCAGGCACGGAAUGCAGAGGUGCAUCGGCUGCACAGGCAGGUGCAGCAGCAGUCUGAGGAGAUCAACAAGCUGCAUCAACAGGGGCAGCAGGCAGAGAAGGCCAUGCAGGAGCCCAAGGAGCAGCAGGCAAUUGGCUGUGCCACCGCCGACUUCAGCACGUCGCCUGCUUCUGCAUCUGCGGCGUCAGCAGCACCAGGCGCGGUCAUUGGCAGCACGCCUGGCAGUAGCACGGCUGGGAAGGAUAUACGCCUGCAGGUGCUCGACGAUGGCUUGGCUAGUGGCAGCGCCUGCCGUGCCAGCGGUGGCUGGGUGGCCUUCAAUCCAGGCGGCGGUAGUGGAGAUGCCCCCACGCCCACCUUGCUGCAAUCAGUCAGUGGCAGUUUUAAGGACAGCAGCAGGCAACCUGCAAUCGGCGUCAUUGCAUCCCAAGCUGCGGCAUCUGUGGCCAUGGCGGGCCUGGAGGAUGCUUCGGAUGCCAAGCUGACUCAUGCCAGCCUGGAAAACGGGGGCAGCCACAGCUUGAACAAGGCUGCAUCUGAGCAGCUGCGCUCCAGCAGCAGCACCAGUAUGGCUAUGCCCAGGGGAAAUGACCAACAGCAGGCACCGCAGCUGCGCUCCUUCCCUGUUAAUGUCAACCCCUGCGCGUCCCCACAGCCCGACGGCCCUAGGGCAGCCCCCGCGUCUGCUGCCGCCGCCUCUGCCAAGCCAUCCCCCGUACGCACUGGCAUCAUCGGCGUGUCCGGGGUGGCGGCAACCAACGGCACCGCCUCACCCAUGCAGCCCGGCUCUCCCAUGCAUCCGCACCCCAGCAGCGGGCUGUCCAUGCGUGGCAGCGGGUCACCCUCAAAGCACCGCCGGAAUGUCACUGCCCCUAACACCUUUUUUGCCGAUCUCGAUCCGCUUCACUAA